AGACUUCCCGGCGACAAUGGUAUAAGAGAGAAGAAACACCCUUGAAUUCAGAGCUUCCAACACUAACACAAAUUAGCUGUUACUACCCACAAGACCAACGAAACUAAACAGUUUUCCAACCCUUCAACUCAGAAAAGAAACUUACCAGCGCAUAGAACUUCAUCAUGAACUGUGUCGUCUUUUCUCUCAUCUUUGGAGUUCUUAUCCUAGUUGACUCAGUGAUGGCUACGCCUUACGACCUCAAUGAAGACAACAAGUUGGAAGAAUACAGAGAACGACUUCAAGAAGUUCUACCUUAUGCAGAAAAGAGAAGCUGCAUUCCCCGUAGCGGAAGCUGUGACAACCGACCUUACUCCUGCUGUGGGGGCUCUUCUUGUCGAUGUAAUCUCUGGGGCACUAACUGUCGCUGUCAGAGACAAGGCCUCUUCCAAGGAUGGGGCAAAUAAUAUGGCUGCUUUCUAAAGUCGCUGUAACCUUACGUUGUCGAUACAGUAAUACGUGUUCUUUGUUUGUUUAAUUAAUAAUAGCUUGUAUCUAUUGAAAGUUUAUCGUCGUUUUCAAAGUAUGAUAAUAUAUAGUUAUUGCUUAGCUUUUAAUAUUAUAUAUUUGUUCAUGUUCAUUAUAUAUAUAUAUUUUUUUGCUUUUGUCAAUGAAGUAGACUUUAUUUUACGAACUAUGUAUAUCAAACGUUAUAAUAACAAAGAAACAACUUGAGUCGAUUAUGGCAUAGGUAAUUAAACAGUUCAAUUUAAUAACAUACAAGUCACUUGCAAAUUCGUCAUUCUUGUUCUAAAACACAAAUCAUUAGUUUCCAGAAGGGCAUGUACUGUUCAACUGUCUGUUGUGACAGCACAGAUAAUGAGAAUGUUGUCGAAUGUAUUCAAGAAAAUAUGUGUUAGUUUUUUAUAUAAAGCACUUUUGAAAAUGACUCUCCCAGCUUUUUAGUUGGCGAAAUUUAAAGGUUUUAUUUGAAUAUUAUGUUGCUGGAUCAAUAUCGCAUAAUUUUCUAUGGAAUCUACUUAUAAUUCUGUUUCUUCAUAAAUCUAAUUAGAAAAUUCUGUAUUUGGUAUAUAUCAAAGAAAAAUACAAACCUGGUCGAAUUUUGUUUUUCAAACAACUGGUAGAACUGUGAAGAGAUAUACUUCGAACGUUAUCGAAAGUAGAUAUAGUGAAGUAACUGGAAGAAAAUAUUAAAUUAACAACUUGGAUGACAUAAGCGUCAAGUUUAUUGGUUGUAAGAAAUAUAUAAAUACAUUACGUUUUACCAGGUUGACCUGACAACAUCAGGUGGUUAAUAUACAGUGCCAUCUAAGUUGUUAAUAUAUUAUCAAAAAUAGUUUAAAAACAAGUGACACCGACUCGGAGAGACCUCUUACUAUGUUUUCACAAAACUCAAAGGACAACAAUGUUAGUGUUAGAUACAAGCGCAGUCAAAUGUUGUUCCAGGGUGAGGAGUAGGAAUUUUUGUUUGUCUAGUUUACCAGUGAGACCGAGAUUAUUAACCAUAGUGGAAAGUGGUGUACGUACGAGGUCUCAUGUAUGAUAAGUAACACACUGUGCGAUUGAUCAUAGGUGUAGGCCUAGUACCCGCUCAUACUCGAUGGCACGCUUGGUAUGCAGCAAUUUACGCGACUGAACACAGCUAACUAGACCUAGGAGAUGCACAACGACAGCUGUUUGUAAUUAAGCAAACUUUGACUGAAUCCAAACAAGUGAGCCGCAACCUUACAAGUAUUUGUCAAAUGUAGCGCUAAUAAGAAUGACAAAUUAAAAACCGUGCUUUAAUUUUGUUCAAAGAAACGGAGUUUAUAUAACUCUCGAGGCAGCCGAUAGAUGAUGUAUAUUGUGAAAACUUAUUUAUUUAUUUAACAAACAGAUUUGAAGGCUUGAGUUUCUAUCCCUAUAUUCGUUUUAUAUUUGAUUUUGAUAUAUAAAACAUUAUUAUUGUGAACCUACAAUAUAGUAUUAAUUUUUAAACUGCAUGACUAUAAUAAUAGGUUCAUGACAUAAGCCCGUUUACUACACGUUGAGAGCGAAUUAUACGGGUAAAAAUGUUUAUUUUAUUUUUGCUAUUUUUCUGAAAAUCAACUGUUCGCGAUACACAGAAACGUUAACUUCAAAAUACGACGAACAUUUCACCACCAGUCUUCCGGACAAAUGCUUUAUAUUUUUAUAUUUAUGACCUCGUAUGUACAAUUAAGGUGUUUUAUCGUAAAUGUUUAAUGAUUAGUUUUAGCGUUCAUCAUACAUUAUAGUUUAUUAUUCUAGAAUAUGGCUGGUUUUCAGUGAAAUUUUAUUUAAUGUUUGCACUGCAUUUUUAUCUUUUGGCCUCGUUGUAUACAUGAGCUACUAAUAAUAAAUUCACAUGGAUGUAUGCAGCAUAAAA